GACUCGAGCAUGUUCUCCGACUCAUGCGCGCGGGGCAGGGCGCGAGAGGCAUCGAUCGAGCUGGGGAGCAUGUUUCUCGACUCAUGACGGAGGAGGACCGCGUCGUGCUGUCCAUCGCGCCGCCGCGCGCCGCGGAACAACAACAGCCGCAUGGCGUCAUCGUCAAGGAUCGCUCGGGCACGGCGGCGCUCGACGAGGCCUACGAGCACGGACGUUCGGCGCUGACGCGCCUGGGCGAGCAGGGCGAGGCCCUGCACCGCGCCGAGGUCGUGGCCGACAGCAACCAGUACGUCAUCGACAAGUCGCGGCGCGUCGUGGCGAACAUGACCUGGUCGGGCUGGCUGCGCAACAAGUUCACGGCGCUGCCCAAGCCCGCGGCGCCGCCGCCGGCGCCGGCCGGCGCCGCGCCCGGCGACCGGCGCGACGCCGCCGCGGCCGCGUGGCGGGGCCACGGCGCGGACGCGGCGGAGCGCAGCGCGCUGUUCGCCGGCGCGCGCGGCGCCGCGGCGCCGGCGCCCCGGUCCAAGGGCGAGGCGGCGCUCGCGGAGCAGGACGCGUACGUCAACGCGCUGUCCGAGGGCCUCGAGGACCUCCGGGGCGUCGGCGAGGCCCUGGGCGACGAGCUCGCGGACCACGACGACCGCGUGCCCCGGCUGCAGGACAAGAUGGACCGGCUCUGGUCGACGACGCGCCAGGUCACGCGCGCCGCGGGCCGGCUCACGCACGCGUCCGCCGGAUCCACGCCGAAGCUCCUCGGCCACGUCGCGCUCCGCGAGCUCGCGACGAAGCGCUACCUGCGCGCGCGGGGGCAGGACGUCGGCCUGAGCGAGGAGGUCGACGUGCUGCGGGCGACCUGCCGCUUCGCGCUCUACGAGAAGCGGGCGCACCUUCUGGGCCUGCGGUCGCCCGUGUCGGGCAAGUACUUGGCCAUCACCUUCUCCGGCGCCAUCGAGUGCGCGUCGUCGCGCUUCGGCGGCUGGGCCGAGUGGGACCUGGACCUGUCGCCGCGCGGCGUCAAGGGCUCGCCGCUCGUGUGCCUGGGCGCGAACUGGGGCGGCGGGUCGUUCUGCCGCGUCCACCCGAAGGACGGGCGGCUCCUCGUCGGCGAGCCCGUCGACGACCACGCGGCCGCGAACCGGUCGGCGAAGUUCGAGGUCCUGUUCCUGGAUGACGCGUACAAAAAUCCGGACUUCGCGGACCAGGUGCUCCUGCCGUGCAAGGGCGGCGGGGCCGCGAGGCCGCCGGGGAGCCGCGAGGGCUUCCUGUGCCCCGAAUGCGCGUUCCAGGCCCACUCGCCCGACGAGCUCCAGGACCACUACGCGAGGCACCACGCUGAGGCGGCGCUUCUGGCCGAGGAGGACGCGAGCGUCGAGAAGCGCCGCGGCGCGCUCGGGCUGAAGCCGGCUUCGACCCACGGCCUGGGCCUCUGCUUCAGCGGCGGCGGCGUCCGCGCGGCGUCCUUCGACUGCGGCGUGCUCAUGAAGAUGGGCGAGCUCGGCCUCCUCAAGGAGGUCGACCACCUCUCGGCCGUGAGCGGCGGCGGCUACACGGCGUCGGCCUACCUCACGCACCUCCAGUACUGCGAGGCCCCCUGCCCCAAGGGCGGCAAGGCCGCCGACGACUGGUUCCGCCUGCGCACGGCGGAGCUCGUCGCGCGCAUGCAGGACAACAUCGGCUACUUGAUCACGUGCGCGCACUCGUUCAACGCGGCGCCGGGCAGGGAGCGCGGCUCGCCCUACGCGCGCUGCUGCGACGUGCCGGCCUUCGUGGCUUUGUUGCUGGGCAUGCCGGCGGCCAACGUGCUGACCUUCGUCGCCUUCUGGGCGCUCCCGGCGACGGUCUGGGUCAAUUUGAACCACGGCCACUCGAUGCGCGCGAAGCUCUGCAGCAAGGGGUCCCACUACUCCUGGAUCCCGACCUUUUCCCUGGUGACCGCCUGCGUGGCGACGGGUCUCUGGUGCUUCCUGAAGCUGGCCCAGCCCUACGCUCUCAAGCGCGCGCCGAAGCACCUGGGCUGGCUCCGCACGCGGGCCUGCCUCACGCUCUGCAGCCGCCUGGCGCUCUCGGCCGUGGUCUAUAGUGUUUUGAUCAUCGCGACCAUGGGCAUGGAGGUCUACGACUUUGGCUACGCGACGGAGUCGAACGACGUGAAGUGCGCGUGCGCCAAGUUCUUCGACUGGAGCGACUACGACUGGACCUACGACUCCUACCUCGACAUCUGCGACGACCGGUCGACGCCCAUCGUCGCGAAGCGGUCCUUCGCCGUGGGGUGCCUCGUCUUCUUCGGCAUCUUGUUCGCGGUGGCCGCGCUGUUCGCGAUGGUCGUGUCGCCGCUGCUCCUCGGCGUCGUCGCGCGCGUCGUGGGCCCGCUGCUCGGUAUUUUUGCCAUUUCUUACGUGGCCCAGUACCGCGUCUUCGGGCCCGUCACGGAGCAGCAGUUCGUCGAAAACGGCCUGCCGUACGACGCGACGUGGUGGUCCGUCGUGUUUUUCGUGAGCUGCGGUGCCGCGAUCUGGCACCUGCCGAUGCAGCACGAGCUGCCGCGCACGCUCCACCGCUUCUACGCCCGGAGCCUGCGGCGCGCCUUCUUCGCGCUCGGCGCCGACGCGCCGCUCUGCGCCACGACCUGCGACCUCGCGGGCGGCGUGCCGCCGCCGAAUCUGAUUUUAGGCGCGACGGUCAACGAGUUCCGCCGGCCGGAGACGGCGCACCAGCGGGGGCAGCCCUUCGUGCUGACGCCCCGGGCCUGGGGCGGCAAGCACACGGGCUACGCGCGGCCGCCGCGCUGGCUGUCGCUGUCGCGCGCGAUGGCGAUCUCCGGCGCGGCGAUCGACGGCUUCGUGCUCACGCAGUUCAAGUCCAAGGCGCUGCGGCUGGCGCUCCAGGUGCUGAACCUGACCAUGGGCGACACGAUCCGCUUCUCCGUGCGGUCCGACGACGACGACGCGGCGAAGAAGAUCUCCCCGGGGCUCGCGUUCUGCGCGAACGUCGCGGAGUGCCCGACGGACGCGGCGUGCGGCACGGACGCGGACGAGGUGCUGGAGAAGCACCGGCCCGGGAGCAAGGCGACGGCGGACAUGACCCUCGCGGACCACGAGCUCGCGGCGACGCUGAACUUACGGACGAAGGAGAUGGUGCUCUUCGCGUCCGUCUACGUGCUCUUCAUGCUCAGCGCCGCGUCCUACAGCAAGUCCGACGACAAGCGGUCCAUCUACGAGACGGCGUCGCCCAUCUACGCGGGCGUCGGCUUCCUGAUCAUGUUCCUGGCCAUCUGCUUCUCCGUCUUCACGCACGGCGAGUCCGCGCGGUUUUUGCUCGCGUCGCCGAUCAUCCAGCAGGCGCACCUUUUGAUGCAGGUGACGUCCUUCGGCACGCGGCCGCCGCCGUUCCUGACGCUGACGGACGGGGGGUUGGUGGAGUGCAUCGGCAUCGUCGAGCUCUUCCGGCGCCGCUGCCGCUGGAUCGUCGUGGUGGACACGACGGAGGAUCCCGGUUUGGCGCUCAACUACCUCAAGGAGUCGCUCGGCGUCGCGACGGCCGCGGGGCUCGUCAACGACGACUUCGAGGACCGGGGCCCGGAGCCGCGGCUGCCCGUCGCGGAGCUGCUGUCGCCGAAGAUCGCGGACAAGGACUACGCGCGCCUCAGCGCGACGUACGCGGACGGCGCGGCCGUCGACGUCUUCGUCGUCAAGAUGCGCAAGCCCCAGGACGGCUGCGCGGGGCCCUGCCGGCCCCUGAUCCACCCGCGCGAGGUCGCCGCCGAGGACUGCGACGUCACCGUGCUCCCGAAGCAGCUGCUGGACCUCGACGAGCCCACGCCGGAGUUGCGGCUGGACCAGAUCAACGGCCUCUGCGCGGAGAGCUGCCACACGGCCUGCGCCUGCCUGCCCUGCGGCCAGUUCCCCUUCCUCGGCGUCGGCAACCAGUUCCUCACGCCCAUCCAGUUCGCGAACCUCUCGCGCCUCGCGAACGACCUCGCGGACGCGCCCCUCCGGGCCCUCCUCGCGGCCCGCGGCGACUAGGCCGUCCAUUUUAAAACGGGAAUGUCGCG